GUUAAAAAAUCUAGUUUAUAUAAAAAUUGCAUUUCACUUUGGCUGUUUCCUUAUCAAUUGAGGCGUCUUUACUAUUUUCCGAUGUUAUCUCUUCUUCAGAUCUGAGAGCUUUGUGAUCCUCUUCUUCGUGCUAUUAUUAUUCAUGGCUUCUUCUUCUUCCUCAUCGCUGUCUCGCAGUAGUUGGUUGUAUCACGUCUUCCUGAGCUUCUGUGGAGAAGACGUGCGCAAAGGAUUUCUUAGUCACGUUCUGAAAGAGCUCAAAAGCAAGGGAAUCAUACCUUUCAUUGAUAACGAGAUCAAGCGAGGCGAACCUGUCGGUCCCCUGCUUGUAGGAGCCAUCAGGCAAUCAAGGGUAGCCGUUGUCUUGCUCUCCCGUAACUACGCCUCUUCAAGCUGGUGUCUGGAUGAGUUGGUGGAGAUCAUAAAGUGCAGGGAAGAGUAUCAACAAACAGUGAUGACCAUUUUCUACGAAGUGGAUCCAUCUGAUGUAAGGAAGCAGACCGGAGAUUCCGGAAAGGCCUUUGAUGAGACCUGUGUGGGAAAAACAGAAGAGGUGAGGCAGCUGGAGCUGGUCCUGGCGCCUCCAAGGAGCAAAGGCCGGAUUUGGUUGAGAUUCACCAUUUGCUAUAAUAGUCUGAUCUGGUGCAAUGUUGUUAUCUUCGAUGAAGUGAUGAAGGCACGAAUCUGACGACUCCACAUCAGGUAGUUCGUCGUCGUGAGUUUCGUUGCGCUCGAUAUAUUGACAACCGUACGCUCAGCUGUGUUAUCAGCCAUUGAUGCGUGAAGAACAAGUUACGAAUAAGGAGUAGAAGAAAUUGAGAGAAGAGAGAGGCGGAAAGAAAUAGGGUUUUCACCUAUAGAGCUCUGAUACCAUAUUGAAUAUUGGAAUCGAAUGAGUAUAUUGCAUUGAGGUGCUCUGUUCUUAUAUGUACAGAGAUGAUUACAAGAAAGGUAAGACAAUAUUCUAGGAGAUACAAUAGACUAAUUACAGGAUAUGUAGCCUUUAAUAGACGAUUGUGAUUAUGUACUUUCCAUAUGCUUAAAACUUGUCUGCGUUUAGAAAUGGAAAGGCUUUCUUGGUAUAUCAGCUAUGUUCUCAAGAGACUGUAAUCUUUGUUUCCGAUGAAACACUUGAACCUGCAUUCACCUAACGUUUGAUCUUAAAUACGGGUACUGAAGUUAUUAUUGUGGUGUGUUGGUUAAAGAUUCUUUGUAACCACGCGUCUGUAGUCGGAUGGUCAAAGCAUGGAUCCUUAAAGGAACCCGAGUUUGAAUCUGUACCACACCAGAUUUUCACGCGCGUGGCCACUGGAAGCUUUCACAUUCUUUCUCUGGAGAAUGGUUUAGCAUUUUUUUUUACAAUGCGGGUACUGAUACCGCGAUGACAUGAACAUAAUCGAUUAAAUACAAAUCAGUUUGUAAUU